AUGGUUCUAUAUGAUUCUUCUAAGGAAGAGUUUGCUCUUUCCGGUAUAGGACAGCUAUUUGAUGAUGAAUUCACAGCACCCAAAGAUGCGAGUAAAGCUUUGAUAGGGAGACCUCCAAAAGAUAGAGACGAUCCUACCAAAGUUUACUACUCCGAUGCCGACGGAGAAUGGUGGACUGCGUACGAAGAUUACAAAAAGCGAGACUGGCGCGAAAUUACCUCGAGCCCUGCAUAUGAGUUGCUGGCAACUGGCACAAUGGAUACUCGGCCCUGGUGUCUUACAGGCGUAUCAAUAGCCCAUAGAUUCUGUUGGAAAGAAUGCUGCACGCGUCAGAUAUGCAAGCAUUCAAAUAGUGCUACAGUUAUCGACUAUCUCCGGAAGUCGCUCAAGAAAGUACUCUACGAUAAUACAGAUGUCGAAAGCAUCCGCAAGAUAGACGAAUGGGGCUCCACCAUUCUCCAUUCAUUAGCUAUGGAAGAUCCUAGUCACAUAUUCAGUAUGCUUAUCGAUUUGGCGAAUUCGGAGCAGAAAAGGAAUAGCGCAUAUCAACAAAUCGACGUCAACCAUAGGGAUAGUGAGGGAUGCACAUUACUUCAUAGGGCAGUGGAGGCAGGCAAUAUUCCGGUUGUUAAUGUCCUUUUAUCGGAAGGAGCAGAUCUCAAUGCUGGAGAUGGAAAGCAGGAUACCCCUUUGCACUUUGCGGCUCGCUACGACCAGGAGGUUACCAAAGAAACCUUGAUCGAUCAAGAGGCGGCUUUGACCAUGCGGAAUGUCGAGAAAAAGACUCCGCUGGAGUUAUCUUGGGCUAAAAAAUCCCUCCUCAGAUGGGACUUGUACAAAAUCGACGAAGCACUAACAAGAAGUAAGCGGAUGAGUAUUGGGGCCCAAGCAGAAUGUCACGGUCUCAAGAAGCAAUUGAACUACUCGGGACCAGAUUUCACCUUUUGCGAAAUAUAUAGUUUGUUGCGCUUACCGCACGAUGAGCGUUAUUGUGUCCACAAAGCCCUUCUGCGUGAGAAUCAGGUCCUCCAGCGGCUUGAGCACCCUUUCAUUGUCUCUUAUAUUGGCUACGAGGAGCUUGAUAGCGGAGAAGCAAGGUUGUACUUGGAGUAUUGUGAAUGCGGUGACCUUCAAACCAUGCAUGUGAAAGCUUCGCUACCUACUCCACAGCACAUGAGCGAUGAUGAAGACGAUUUGCUCAUGUUAUCAAGCAAGCUAUUACAUAUUACUUCGGAUUCCGAAUCAAUCGAAGCACUUAAGGAGCCCGAAAUUUGGACGAUGCUCUAUCCGUUAUCUGCGGCGUUGGUAUAUCCCCAUUACAGCGUGUGCAUUUCCAGGCAAGGGGCCUGUCGCUUUGAGCAUCAUUGGGAUCCCGUGUUUCAUCGGGAUAUCAAGCCCCAUAACGUUGUCUUGACCACGCUCCCCAACGGACAUCGAAUCGUGAAGCUAUGCGAUCUUGGGAUUGCAAGACCAUUUAUCAAUGUAAACCAGUCCAGGCCCUCUGACCGUGGGUCCCAAGGUUUUCACCACCGACAUGCAAGUGACCCAUACCUGUCCCUGGAAAACGAACUGGGCCAUAAGCCUGGAGGCCUCAUUCUGCAAGCCUUUCUCAGAAUUGCGAAAAACUUGGACAUUACCACUUUUGGGACCCAAACAUCCAUUAUGCAGCGGAAAAGGCUUCUAGCACGCCUUAAGUUGCUUCUGAAAGAUGGUGUCGAAGUUCCAUUUCAGGAACACUCCCGGUCAUUGCAUCUCGCAAUUUUGCUAAACAAGAACCGCAUGCUCGAGACUUUGCUAUUAAAGUGGCAGAACCCGGAUGAGACAUGGCAGAACUCGGGUUGGACGCCUCUACACCUCGCCGCACAGCAGGGGAACACAGGAAUGGCCGAAAAGUUGUUGGAGGCUAAUGCAGACCCUGCCACUCUUGACCGUCAUGAUAUACUCGAGCUAUUUCUCGAGUUCAGCAAUUCGAAACCCAAAGCCCAAGUGCCCCGCAAGUCCUGGCAGAGUGUCUUCAAAGACGAUGCUGUUGUGGAGGUUAAGAGGGACCGCAGAGAGCCUGAAGCAGAGGCGCAAGGGAGUAGCUUGAGUUAG